CAUCUUCCUUCCAACUCUAUAUAUCCGCACCUGCCAAACCCUCUUAACCCACAGAACAAACCUCUCAGCCUUUUCCACUUUCAUUCUCAAUGGAUGCUCCUCAGCAGCUUUCUUCUCUUUCUUGUAAACUGACUAUCAUGCAAACAAAAAACGUGGACUUCAAGUCCACUGGCACGCUCUUUGUUAGAUGCUAUCUUUCUGCAGGAAACAACAAAAGAAUUCGGCUUAACACCCGAGAAAUCUCCUCCAGAUCCGACCUCUCUUGGAACGAGUCCUUCUCGUUGGAUUGCUCUGGUACCCAAGACUCCAUGGACAAUCUGAAGCAAGAAAACGUGGUUUUCGAGCUCCGGUGGAGGAGCAAAGUACCUGUUUUUGGCAGGAUUGCGGGGUCACAGCUCUUGGGGAGGGCAGAGAUUCCGUGGAAAGAAGUCUUUGAAUCACCGAACAUGGAAAUGGAGAAGUGGGUCCCGAUGAUUUCGACGAUGAGACAUGUGGGUGACAACAAGCCACCUAAGCUGCAAGUGGGGAUGAAAGUUGAAGUUCCUGCAAUGGAGGAGAUGGGGAGAAGGAGAAAUGGGAAGGUUAAGAAGUGGGAUGAGUGUGGGUGUAAAGAUUUCCAUGGGUACAGUUGUGAAGAUUAUGAUAUUUUUGCUCUAGCGGCUUUGGAGGCCUUUUAGGCACAAUUUUUCAUGCUUGUGAAUUCGGAAAGUCGGAAUUUUUUGUUUUUUUGUUUGUGUAGAUGUGCCCAUAGGAAUUAGGAUGAUGAAGAGAAUACUGACUUUGAAAAAAAAAGAGUUGCAGUUGAACUGUUCCGCGAUCUUUCAUAUAUACAUAGCACUUGGCUGUUUAAUUGGUUCAUUUGGUU